AUGAUCCAGAGUCAGGCUGCUACCUUGCUGUUUUUGUUGCGUAUGAUGCCGAUUUACUCCGUGGAGCGUGUCAGUGGCGGAACGUGGUUGAGUUCUUUGGCCCUCGGCCCCGUCGGCACUCACACAUCAGCAGACACAGCAAAAUCAUGCCUGAAGGUGUUUCUGGGUCGCAGGGGUAGUUUGCUGCUGUUUGGUGUCAUUGUCCACCUCAGCAGUCAGAAUGGACGCGGCUGUUAUGCUGGUUCCCUGAAGUCCAAAACGAAAACGGAUUUGAGACUCAUUUCGCCUAUCGGCCACUUUCUGCUGACCUGCCUUCUGCUGGACAGCCUGGUGCAUUCUGGGAAGGAUGGCUUGUGCUCAAGGGUCGUCGGCAUCUCGUCCUCAGCACACUAUGAUGCUGACGCCCGUCUGCAGGAUCUUCUCAGUAUACUCCAGCUGAAGGUGCGGCUGCUGUUUCUCUGGAUCUGGAAGGAGUUGGUGGAUGUUGGGUGUGUGAAGGUCAGCAGGUCCAGUCCUCAGCAGCGUCUUACGAUGAAGAUCUUCAUGCUGGACUCUGGAGAAACACCUGCGAUCUGCUGGGCCUCCAGGACUCACGCUUUGUUUAACAGAGUUCCUUCACGUUUGUAAACCGGACUAACAUCAGCGGAACUGAAGGUGGACGUCGAUCAGAUGCAGCGCAAAUGAACGAUUGACAAUCUCAUACCGGAGAACUGUGACCGACGGAGGAAAUCGAUGAAGAGUCAUGUAGCUCCUCUGUCCUAUUAUCUCUGGUUCUUCUGAAGGGCUCGGCGCUGUUGAAGGAUCUUCCCUCACUGUGAGUGUUUCUGUCAUGUGACCUUCCAGACGGUACAAAAAAAAGCUUCUUUCCACCAAAAUUUCCUGCAAAGUGCUGCUGUAGUUCAUUCUCUUCACACAAACCUCUGCUGCGUUUGCUCGAGCUCCCGCUCUCUAUUAUUAACCAAUAACAAACACUCAUUUUACCUUCUUGAAAGUCAACAUGACGGACUCAUUUACAUAUAAACAUGCUCUUAUUGUGAAUGAUUCAUCAGUGCACGUUAUUUCAAGUAAAUAAUGUCUGUCUUUGUAAUUGUUCAGCUCCAGCUAACAUAGAACGUUCCCAUAACAUUUUUUAAAGGUUAUGCAAAUGUCAUGACAGACAUUAAUAAAAUAAUGUUUAUGGAACGUCCUGAUAAUGUUUUUAAUAUUUGUUCUCAUAAUGUUGAGAGAAGUCUUCAGAACUUCAUGUUCAAUAACAUUCAUCAGUAACAACAACCGAAGAUUUCAUAGUGUUUUCAAAAUGAUAACAUGGACUGUUCCUCUAACGUUUGCAUAACCAAGAAAUGUUCUUAAUACAUAAACAAACAAACAAACUGGAUGUUUUGAACGUUUAUAAACAUUCAGAAGUAGUUUUCAUAACAGUUUCAAAAUGAUCAAAUGGAAUGUUUCUCUAACAUUUGCAAACCCAAGAAAAAAAGUCCUUUAACUAUAAAAAAAGAGAACAUUUAAAGGGGUCAUAGGAUGUUGCUAAAAAGAACAUUAUUUGGUGUAUUUGGUGUAAUGAAAUGUGUUUAUGCGGUUUAAGGUUA